AUGUUCGAUUUGAUAACUCGGGUCCGCACAUUUCUUGGCGACCAGAUCGCCCCUCCCGCAGGCCCCUUGAGCUUGCCCAAAGUCGCCAUCCUCGGCCUCCCCGACGCCGGCAAACGGGCCCUCCUCCAGCAUGUCAGCGACAGCCCCCUCACCCCUAUAACCGUACACGGAUGCCACGCGGGCUGGACAAGCAGCAGCCCCUCCCGCGAACUAAGCUUUAUCGCCGCGGACGUGGGGCUAGAUGCCCGGUUACGCUGGCGGGCAGCCGUUGCCGCGCGGUACGCGGACGCAGACGCCCUGAUCAUCGUGGUCAACUCCGCCCACGCGAUCGCGCUGGAGGAGCUGCGGUACCAGGUUGGCUGUCUGGUCCAUGGGAGGAUGGAGUCCGGCGAGAUGCAGACGAUUGGUUGUGCCGGCGAGGGCAUCCCGUGGCUGGUGCUGGUGAAUUUUGACGGGGGUGCCGUGGUUUGUGACCUUCCGCGCUGGCAGGCUUUUCGUCCCAUCUCUACGGCGACUGGGAAAGGGAUUGAGGAGUCAAUCUCCUGGUUGAAGGAGAAGAUUUACGUCAAUGCUCAGCGCCGACUGGAGGAUAUGAAUUAG